GGCUCCGUACACAAUAUGGCGGCCUCCUUGUGGAGAUGGGCUCGGGUUGUCGGUGGGGCUCGGUGCUCCGGUGUGUGUGCCGUCAGAGCUCGGGCUUUCUUCUCGGGUGAUUCGGGUUUACGUUCUGACAACGUCCAUGGUUCGCGGGGCGCAGGGUCGGGUGAGGGCGGGUGUCGGGGUUCAGGGGCGCUGUAUCUUGGGGCGCUUGUUGGGGCGGGGCUCGGUGUGUGGAGUUGGGGGCGGAGUUCAGACUCGAGGCUCCGGGUGGAGGCGGCAGAACCUGUCCCCCCGCCCGGUGACCCCCCGGAAUCCGAGCCCCCGAACCCCCGGAAAGUCUUCAACUUCAUAGCGGACGUGGCGGAGAGGUGCGGGCCGGCCGUGGUCAACAUCGAGACCCUGGGCCGGCACCCGUUCACCGGCCGGGAGGCGGUCAUCUCCAGCGGCUCCGGCUUCCUGGUCUCCUCGGAUGGGCUGAUUGUCACUAACGCCCAUGUGGUGGCCAAUAAGAGGAGGGUGAGAGUGAAACUGUACAACGGGGACACGUACGAGGCCAGCGUCUGUGCCAUGGACCCCGUGCAGGACAUUGCUGCCGUGCGCAUCACCCCAAAGGGUCCUAUGCCCACGCUGCCGCUGGCUCGCUCUUCUGAGGUUAGACAGGGGGAGUUUGUUGUGGCCAUGGGGACACCGUAUCUGCUGCGUAACACGAUCACCUCCGGCAUCGUCAGCUCUGUGCAGCGAGGGGGUCGGGAGCUCGGGCUCUCCAACAAGGACAUGGACUUCAUCCAGACAGACGCCAUCAUAGAUGUUGGUAACUCUGGGGGGCCCCUGGUCAAUCUGGACGGUGAGGUCAUUGGUAUUAAUACUCUUAAAGUGACGGCUGGCAUUUCCUUUGCAAUUCCAUCAGACAGAGUAAGAAAUUUUCUCCAACAGGCGGAGAAGCGGGGUCAGGGUUCCUGGUUUGGUCGUUCUGAGGUGAAACAGAAAUACAUUGGAAUCAUGAUGCUGACGCUAACGCCAAGUAUCUUGGCAGACAUGAAGUUCAGGGAUCCUGGAUUUCCUGAUGUUCCUCAUGGGAUCCUUAUCCAUAAAGUGAUCAUUGGAUCACCGGCUCACCAGGCUGGUCUGAAGGCUGGAGACAUUAUCCUGGAGAUAAAUUCCCAAGCAGCCACCACCGCUGAAGACGUCUUUGAUGCUGUAAACUCUCAGGCGAAGCUCACCAUGACGAUCCGCCGCGGGUACGAGACCCUGAUGGUGAACGUCAUCCCUGAACCGGUGGAGUAAUGGACGUUUGUUCUAAGUGACCUUUGUGUUAAGAACAGGGGGAAGAUAUGGACUCGGCGUGUGCCAGUCUGACCUCAUGAACCAGGUGCAUUGUGGACAAUGCCCACUCCCCAGGACUCAAAUGACUUCUGCUAGUCUUGCAGGAUAAUAUGGCUCAGAAGACUCCAUCCUGCAUGUGACAGGAGAGGGCGGACUUCCUAAUAUCGGGUUCAGUACAGUCGCUGCAGAAUUUCCAGCUGAGGCAUAAUUUGCAUUUAAUUUACCAGUUCGUCCUUGAAGUGAGGUGCUGAUAUCAGUGACUACUCCCCAUGUAUGAUGACUCUAACCACAGACACUUCAGUUAUUUUGAUGCGGAAGACCCCUUAAAUUAUAAUUGUUUGCCUGGGAUCUCCUGUGUGUGAUGUUGUUACUACGUGAAAUCAUGUCCUGCCGGGUGUAAUACCUUCUUCAUCGUCACCUGUCUGCCAUCUUCAUAGUCACCCGACUGCCAUCUUCUGUAUCCUUUUGCCAUUAGAUUUAGGAAAACAUUCAGGGAAAGCCAAAGUCAGCCGAGUUAUUGUCGGUUAUUCCUGGUUCUCCGCUUCAUUACUUUCCAUCUGUGUCAUUACCUGAUGGUCAUCGUCAUCUGGUUUUUUACCCAUCAUGUCUGCUUCCUUAUCUGUUGUCUGCCAUCUUCCUUCAGUUCCUGUCAUCUACCAGCUUCUAUUCUGUAUACUUGUCACCUGCCAGGGCGAUGGAUGCUUCAUGAUAGUAUUUUCAUAACUUCUGAGGUCUUGUUACGCUAUUGAGAAAAUUGCUGACUUCACUGCUGGCCAUGAUGACAUUUAAGAACACACAGGGCAUACCCACAGAGUGCCCGUGUGACCUCUGCCCACCACCAAAAGCUUUUACUAUGGACAAGUGAGCAUCAAAACUGGAGCAUAGAGCAAUGGAAGAUGGCGACCUGGUCUGAUGAAUCACACUUACAUCAAGUGGAUGGCUGGGUGCAUGUGUGUUACCUGAAGAAGAGAGUGCACCAGGAGUCACUGUGGGAAGAAAACAAGUCUGUCUCUCGACAGGUCAGAGAGGGGGAAUAUACAGCAGGAUCCCCUUGGUCAAUGCAUACUGGUCAUUGAAUAUCAUUUCCCUCAUCCACACUCUGAUACUUCUCUGUAGACCACUGUCACUCUUCAGUGUAGGAGACGGGAGCGCCGUCACCUUGUUUUCUCUUGUUUACAUGUGGAUACCGCCACUCUU